AUGGAGGGCCGCGACGGGACACCACAGCAAACACCCACAGACACCGACGAAGCUGCAGACACCCACACCACCACCACAACACCACCAAACACCACACACACCCAAAAGAAACACACACACACUUACCAACAACGAGAACACAAACAAAACACGAGGCCUUUGAAAAUCUUAACAUCCGGAGGCUUCCCUGUGACACCGCCGCCCCUGACCGUGACCUAUGAGCCUGCUGGAGGUAGUGGUGACCUGGACGCCUCGCAGGUCAACGUACAGGAGGUCAUUGAUGUGAGGUUAGCAGAGGCAUACAAGUCAGGUCAUCUCAACUUAGCUAACCUUGGUCUGCCCUUCUUCCCUUCAGCCGUUCUUCUUGUCGACACUUCAGUUAUACACCGCCUCAGCCUUCAGGACAACAAACUAGUGGAGGUGCCAGCUGCGUCCCUGAGCCAGCUGACCUAUGUGACCUGGCUUGACCUUCGCUACAACCUAUUGACCUAUUUACCUCACGAGAUCGGCGCCCUUGCCAGCCUUCAGGUGUUACUACUGCAGGGAAACAGUUUGGCCAGUCUUCCAACGUCCCUAGGUACACUCCCGGGGCUGGUAACACUGCAGGUGAGCGACAACCCUUUAAGCUUCCCUCCUGAAGAAGUGAUACGCGGCGGGACACGAUUCAUCCUACAAUUCCUACGAGAGGCGAGCGCUGCCACCACCAUCACCACCACCACCACCAGCAGCGCCACCAGCAGCAGCGAGGCGUGCACACCGGUUCGCAUCCCAGUUGGUUCCUGGGGGCGGGGGGCGAGACAGGAGCUUAUAUACAACGAGAGUGUGCUGAGGGUGGAAGAAGGUGACUCUGACGAAGGCGAUGAAGGUGCAAUGGUGAUGGAUAGUGACAAAUACUCCAGUGACACGUACAUAUGCCAAGGGGAGUGCCAAGGAAAGUGCCAAGAGGGGUGUGAAGGUAGGUGUCAGAGGGCGUACCAGCCGUCAGCCAUGCCUAGUCUUCGUGUAGCCAUUAGGACAAGCAGGGAGGAGGCCAGCCCACGCCACCAUCACCACCACCAAGACGCCCCUGAAAACCAUCUGCAUCUGGCCCUGCACUCCCACGCCCCUGAUAGCGACAGAGACACCCUCGCCGCCCCUGCCAGUCCAGUCUCCCCAUGCCUGCUGACCCCAAACACUGACCUCCCCACCAGGACCCCCUUUGACCUCACACGGGAAGACCUGCAGGAGUUUGAGAGGGAGUUACUGAUGGCUUUAGACUCAGAGGGACCUGGGAACCUUGAGGACUUGGAAGGACUGCUAUCAUUAACCCAAAGCCUGGAAGACCUUGAUAGGAUACCAGAUGGGGAGCUCAAACAACGUAUCCUUCAGUCCUUAAGUCAACGGAAUAUGUUAGCUCCUGAUAUCCCUGAGUUGGAGGGGCCCUGCGUGGGUUCUCAUCGCAGGGCACUACACUUACACCUUCAGGGCGGCCACCAGUACUUCGAAGAGGACUCAGAAAGCCUCCAGGGUGAUUUGGGGGAAGGAUAUCGUAAGCCACAUGCACACACAAACCACGACGAGGCGGAAAACUUAAAGAAGGUGAGCCCUCUGCCCCUGCCCGUGGUGAGUCUGGAGCUGGCCACAAGGGAGGAGAGGAGUGCAAGGGAGGAGGAGGAAGGGAGGAGAGAGAGGAGGAGCAACAGGAAGAAAAAAAGAGGAGGUUCCAAUCGUAUUUCUAAACCAAAGCUGGCGACGGUGGCGGAGGUGCACAGGAGGGCCAGAGAGGAGAGGAAGAGACAGAGACAGAUGCUGGCUGCGAACAGGGAAAUGGCAGAGGCGCAGAGACUCAAGAGCAUGGAGGGCCUGGAGGCGUGGCGGGACGAGGCGCGGCUUCUUCAGGAACAGCGCGCCCUUCACCCAGAAGUGUACCUGCCCGCCGUGUUGGAGGCGCCCUUCGCAGUGGAUGGCACUAUGUUGACACCGAGAGCGAGGUCAAGGUUCAAGUCAAGUGGAGGCGCCCGCACCUACCUGGGCUCCUCAGUGAGCGAAGUGUGUGCAGGUGUGAGGUCAUGUUUGGAGGAGCUGAAAAGGACGAAGACGGAGAGAAGAAAAGGAGAAGAAGAAGGAGGAGGAGGAGGAGGAGGAGGAGGAGGAGGAGGAGGAGGAGGAGGAGGAGGAGGAGGAGGGGGUGGUGGGGUAGGUCAUCCAGCUGCUAUAGUUAAUCAGCUUCAUCAUUUAAGGAAGCAAUUGCAUCGUUUAAAGGUGAAUUGUGUCAUUUAGAGAGAGAGAGAGAGAGAGAGAGAGAGAGAGAGAGAGAGAGAGAGAGAGAGAGAG